GGAUGAACACUAGCACUGACAAUGACAGGUAGCUUAUUUGUCUUGUUCAGGUCAAUUCAGAUUAUUACAAGUUCGUUGUAUUAUUAAGAUUAUUGUGUUUUUUUUAGUUUGUAUCAGAUGAACCAAUCAAUCUAAUUAAGGUAAACAAUAUCUGAGUUUUGUAAUCUUUCUACAUGAGAAAGUGACAUCACCUCUCUCUCUCUCUCUCUGUUUCGAUACUUUUGGAAAGAAAAUCUUAAAAUUAUCACGUCAACGCAUUCUUCAUCAUUGAAAACGUUUUGAGAAUACGGAUAAAAGCCGAGUCCAAAGGCAGAGGAGUCGGAAUCUACGCCGUUUUCAUACCUGUUGAUCUCUGUCAGCAUCUGAAGAACUGAACUGUGGUCUAAUGGAGAAGAACGAGGGCAAGGUUUCAAGUUCUUGCAAGGGAUUGCUGCAGAGUGAAGCCCUCUAUAAUUAUAUACUGGAGACUAGUGUGUAUCCUCGUGAGCCAGAGCCUCUCAAGGAGCUUAGGAGCCUCACUUAUGGCCACCCCAAAGCCAUCAUGGCUACUGCACCGGAUGCAGGUCAGUUAAUGAGCAUGUUGCUCAAUCUGGUAAAUGCAAGGAAGACGAUCGAGAUCGGGGUUUUCACUGGAUACUCUCUUCUUCUCACCGCUCUUACCAUUCCAGAGGAUGGCAAGAUUAUUGCCAUUGAUAUGAACAAAGAAGCUUAUGACCUUGGAUUGCCGGUUAUAAAGAAAUCCAGCGUUGAACACAAAAUCGAUUUCAGAGAAUCGGAGGCUCUUCCAGUUCUCGAUGAACUUCUAAACAAUGAAGCAAACAAGGGAGGGUUUGAUUAUGCAUUCGUGGACGCAGACAAGGUGAAUUACUGGAACUACCAUGAGAGACUGCUGAAACUCGUCAAGGUCGGUGGGAUAAUAGUGUAUGAUAAUACACUCUGGGGAGGAUCAGUGGCAAUCCCUGAGGCCUCUACUCCGGAGUGGAGCAGGGAAGGCAGAGGGUCAACCCUCCAGCUGAACCAGAGACUCUCUGAGGACCAGCGUGUGCAGAUCUCGCAUGCUCCUUUAGGUGAUGGGAUCACUAUAUGCAGACGAAUGUACUGAACUAUAUAUUAUGAUUUGAAGACUCAUCCGUGCCAAAAUUGUUAUUGCGGAGAUUAUGGACUUAUUAUGUUGCGAUCUUUCGGGUUUGUGUUGAGCUUACUUAUUAAGACGUAAUGAGCUUUGGAAUAAUAAUGAGGAUCAAUGUUUGAACUUGCA